AUGAUUGAUUCUACAGAGUUGUCAGAUUUCGGUAUAAGUACGCAACUGUCUGUUAUUGGACGCAACCCAGAUGAACAAUGUGGAUUUGUUAACCCAGCAUUGUAUAAGGGGUCAACCAUCAUUCAUAAGACACUUGAAGAUCUCGAGCAAAGGAAAGGAAGAUUUUUUUACGGUACAGCGGGUUCUCCAACCAUUGCAAACUUAGAAGAUGCCUGGACGCAUUUAACCGGUAGUGCUGGAACAGUUUUGUCUCCUUCUGGUCUUGGGUCUAUCUCUCUGGCGUUGUUGACCCUUUCGAAAGCUGGUGAUCAUAUCCUGAUUACUGACAGUGUUUACUUUCCAACACGUAUGCUAUGUGACGGUCUAUUGGCUAAGUUUGGUAUUGAAACGGAGUACUAUGACCCAUCAAUAGGCGAAGAUAUAGAAAAACUAGUUAAGCCAAACACAACCGUAAUAUUCCUCGAAAGUCCAGGUUCUGGAACAAUGGAAAUCCAAAAUAUUCCUGCCUUGGUCUCCGUCGCAAAAAAGCAUGGAAUAAAGACAAUUCUAGACAACACAUGGGCUACACCGCUCUUUUUUGAUGCUCAUGGACAUGGUAUUGAUAUCUCGCUAGAAGCUGGGACAAAAUAUCUAGGUGGUCAUUCCGAUCUUCUUCUUGGCCUGGUUUCUGCAAAUGAAGAAUGUUGGCCGUUAUUGCGGUCAACUUACGAUGCAAUGGCAAUGUUACCAGGUGCCGAUGAUUGUUUAUUAGCAUUACGAGGAAUGCGUACUUUGCAUUUGCGAUUGAAAGAAGCGGAAAGAAAAGCCCUGGAUUUAGCUGCUUGGUUCAAGAAGCGAGAUGAGGUUGAAAAAGUCCUUCACCCUGCAUUUGAAGACUGUCCUGGCCAUGAAUACUGGGUUCGGGAUUACAAAGGUUCUUCGGGCCUAUUUUCCAUUGUUCUUAAAGAUGGGUUCACAAGAUCUGGACUGGAAAACAUGGUAGAUAAUAUGAAAGUUUUCGAACUAGGAUACUCAUGGGGAGGUUAUGAUUCCUUAAUUACACCAGUGAAUCCACCUACACAAAGGAAAGCUGCGCCAUGGUCUCAUAACGGUUUCGCACUAAGAAUCCAAGUGGGUCUAGAAGAACUCGAGGAUCUGAAAAGAGACCUUGAGUUAGGAUUUGAACGUCUUACGGAAGAAAUUUCUAUGACUCCUUUGCAAAUAUGA